GACACAGAGAGAAAGAGAAGAAAAGAACGAGCACGACUCUCGAGCCUCGAACUCGAGAAAUCUUCGCGAGUCCGGCGAACCGACACACCGCUCACCGAUUCCAAAGUCCGCCGGUAGGCUCAGUUGUCUCCGAACCCCCGAACUGUUCGGAUGUAGCUACUUUAUAGGAGUUUCUUCCACGCUUUUUCCACGCUUUCGAAACCCGCUCGUUCGCCGUUUAUUCACUGCACUCGCCUCUUUUGCAGUCCACCUUGCCUUGCAUAGCUCAUUUGUCGUCGCGAUCUCGUGUGGUCUUGUCGUGGUGGCAUGGUACGGGCACGAUCUUGAAGGGAAGAGAAAAAAAGAUAAACAAAGUAAAAAAACUCCGACGAACGCGUUGAACGCGACGAGGAAAACACAGCCGGGAAGAUUGUGCAUUGCUCCGUGGAAUACACACGCUUCAACGAAUCGUUUUAGUUGUAUCGACGCAUCUAUAGGACACAGAGAAGUCGGAUCCCGAAGUUAGAAGGAGGAAGAGCGCUGGAGCGGCGAAGAAAUCGGAAGAAACUCGAGAACAGGGACGAGUAUCCGGUCGUCUGGAGGAAAGAACGAUCGAACACUGUUAACACGUAGCAAGCACGUAGAAUGGUAGCCGCACAACACGACGGUACCAGAAGUGUCGGCGGCGGUGACGGUGGAGGCGGCGGCGGUGGUGAGGAGACCGUGUACACGGUGACCGUGAGUGGUGUUGGUUACAGAAACGAGGGUUACAAGGACGACGGUACCGAUGGUAUACCUCCAGAGCCACAGAAACCACCGCAAUUAUCGUCGACAGACGACGACACCCAGUCCAGAAAAUUCAAGUUGUCCCGUGGCGAGAAAUGGCGAAUUUUGAAGAACAUCAGUACCGUAUCCGUGGCGUUUAUGGUGCAGUUCACCGCGUUCCAAGGCACGGCGAAUCUGCAGUCGUCGAUAAACGCCAGCGACGGUCUUGGUACCGUGUCCCUAUCCGCGAUUUACGCAGCAUUGGUGCUCUCCUGCAUCUUCGUGCCUACCUUUGUUAUCAAGAGACUCACCGUGAAAUGGACCUUAUGUGUGUCGAUGCUGUGCUAUGCACCGUACAUCGGCUCUCAGUUCUAUCCGAAAUUUUACACCCUGGUACCGGCCGGUGUUCUCCUCGGUCUUGGUGCCGCGCCCAUGUGGGCGGCUAAGGCCACCUACCUCACGCAGGUCGGUGGUGUCUACGCGAAACUCACCGAUCAACCCGUGGACGCCAUCGUCGUUCGGUUCUUCGGCUUCUUCUUCCUUGCAUGGCAGACCGCUGAACUGUGGGGAAACCUCAUCUCUUCGUUGGUGCUCAGCGAGGGAGAGUUCGGCAGCGGUGGCGGGAACAGCACGACGAACUGGAACAAAAUCAAGCUGUGCGGCGCCGACUUCUGCGUCCUUGGUAACGGAGGCCACGAAACCCUGGAGCGUCCCCCGGAGUCCGAGAUCUACGAAAUUUCUGCGAUCUAUCUCACUUGUGUAGUCAUCGCUGUAAUAAUCGUCGCCCUGUUCGUCGAUCCUCUUUCGAGGUACGGUGAAAAGCAACGACGAGUCGAUAGUCAAGAGCUCAGUGGUAUACAAUUGCUCUCCGCAACUGCUUAUCAACUGAAGAAACCCUAUCAACAGCUGCUCAUACCGAUCACAGUAUGGAUCGGCAUGGAACAGGCGUUCAUUGGAGCAGACUUUACACAAGCGUACAUUUCCUGCGCGUUAGGCGUGCACAGAGUGGGCUAUGUGAUGAUCUGCUUCGGAGUGGUGAACGCUCUUUGCUCCUUGGUCUUCGGAUCGUUAAUGAAAUUCGUCGGGAGACAGCCACUUAUGGUGCUGGGCGCCAUCGUCCAUGUUUGUCUUGUCGUCGUGCUACUCCACUGGAAACCAAACCCCGAGAACCCCUACGUUUUUUACACCGUUUCUGGACUGUGGGGUGUCGGUGACGCGGUUUGGCAGACGCAAGUAAAUGGUCUGUACGGUACCCUAUUCAGGCGUAACAAGGAAGCCGCGUUCUCGAACUACAGACUGUGGGAGAGUGCCGGUUUCGUAAUAGCGUACGCGUACAGUACCCAUCUGUGCGCCCGUAUGAAGCUGUACGUGAUGCUAACAGUGCUGCUUAUCGGCACUUGCGGAUACAUCGUGGUCGAGCUGUUGCACAGGCGUAAGCAGAAAAGGCUCAAGGCUAUCGCGGAUGAUCCAAAGGCAGCCCAGGCAGAGGCGAACCAGGUGGAAGAGACCGACGAUGAAAAGGACGAUAUUGACGACGAUAUCAUUAUCACACACCUCUGAACAACACAUGCUUGCGAACCAACGAGGAAUCUCAACAGAGUCUCGGCUCGAUCGACUAUUCUCUUUUAUUCUUCCUUAUUGCACUUUCCUAUAAUCACGAGCUCGGUUUAACUUUCCACGG